AUAACGAUGUAGAUAAUUUUGAUUGGAAUUUGCUGGGUAAAGAUUUUGAUGACGAUGACGAUGAGGAAAAUGAAAAUAAAGAAAAUAAAGCAUUUCUUCAUAAUUUUGAAAUCAAAAAGAGCCGAGAACAAAAAGAAGAUUUUGAACUCUUUGAAGGGUUUAAUUUACCUCUUCCAACGCCGAAUUUACAAAGCUCUUACUCCGCUAAGUGUCUUGAUAGACUAUCUUUAUAUCCAUUAGUUGUUGAAUCUGUAUCAAACCAGACAUUACUUACUCGAAAAAUGAAAGCUGUUACAACAGCUCCUGAUAAAAAUAGUUUAAAGAUUUUUGACUCUUUGACCCGAUUUCAAGAAUAUUUCAAACAAAAGCUUGAAAUUCAAAAAUUUGCUCUUUCAAUUGAUCGUAAUAAUAUGACAUUUAUUGAUCGUAAUAAUAUGACAUUUCAAGAAUUUCGAGUACUUGUUGAAGACGGCAUAAAUAUUCCAAAUAUUUUUAAACAAUAUGAAACAGAGUUAAAAGAUCUUGAAGAUAAAAUCAAUAACUUUUUCGAUAAAGCUUUAGAAAAAAAACGGAAUGUUAUUAAACAAAUUGCAUAUCAGAUUUUGAGGAAAACUUAUAAUGGUUUUGAAAGUUUAAUAGGUGAUUAUGAUAAAAAUCAAGUAGAAGAAGAAACAAUUAGUAUCAAUGAAAUUGAUCCUAAUAUUAUUCUACGUCUCAAAAAUGAAAUUUUCAAUAUUUCUACUACUACUUGGAAAUCCCUCAAAACUCGACUUAUUCUUGCAAAAAAAUGUGACCUUGUAAAUUCAAUAUCAAAAGUGUUCUGUGAUGAAGAGCAAGACUUUCCUAAAUUAAUUAAAAAGUAUAAAAGUGUAUUUGAACGAUGUUUAUUUUGUGUUUUUAAUGGGAAAGGGUUGCAUUUCAAUGAACUCACAAGGAAAAUUAUUGAUAAAAUAAAUGAUGAGGUUAAAACAGUUUCUGAUAGUGAAUUUGUGAAACAAAUUUUUAAACUAAAUAAUGAAAUGAUUACAAGCAAAUUUGUAAAUGCUUAUCAAGAAUGGAGAAAUAAUUUUGACCAAAGUAUAAACCGUGUUAUUCAAGAUUUCAGAGAAGAAGUUGAAAAAAGUGUGGAAAUAGAAUUUGAUAAAUUUCAUAAAAGAUCCAUAAAAGAGUGUGAAAGAGAUUAUUUCGAAUUAAUCUGUGGGAAAAUUGAGGCAAAAUAUCUAGCAGAUUAUUAUUUAACUCAAAUGGAAAAUCGUUUGACGUUAACAAUUUUGAAUCUAAAAAUAGACGAGCAUAAGAAAAGAUAUUCUCUAACUUGUGAAGUUUCUGAGAAACUAUGUUUUACUAUUUAUAAUCUUAAUCUUGACCAGUCUGAUAUUGAAAGAAUGGAUAAAGAUGAAUCUUUUAUUCCGACACCAAGAAUAUCCAAUCCUAUUACUUCUUUUAAUAUUGAUCCAGAGACAUAUGAGUUCAUUGAAAUUGCGCAAUUAGGCAAGAAAUAUCUACUAUUUCUUUGGAAUAUGAUAAAUGAGAAGCUAGAUAUUUAUUUUGAGGUCAUUAAAAAUCUACCAGAAAAAUUAGACUCACAAUCUCCGUUAAAAAAACUAACACUUGGAAGAAAUUUUAUGAUUGCAAUUAAUGUAUCUAAAAGCUUGAUUGCAAUUUAUGAAAAUGACAAAGGGAUACUUAAUACAUAUGGGCUUAAUAAGGAACAAGAUAAUAUUCAUUUGCAAUAUCGAAAUAUUCAAAUUAGUCAAUGGUACAAUUUAAAUAUUCCCGAGAUAGCUCAUUUCUUUUUUAUUAAAAAUACUGAAGAUGUUUGUUUUGUGGAAAAAAAUGGGCAAGCCCGAAUCUACAGUUUGAUAAAUGGUAAUUUUCGACCAGGAGCAGCUCAUCUUCCAAAAAAUUGCACCAAAGUAAUCAGCGCACCAGAUGGAACUUGUUUUGUUGCAUUUGUGAAAGAAAAACUUGCCAUUGAAGCAUCUAAAUUUGAAGAUAAAGUAAUGGAGACAAAUUCUAAGAAUUUUGCGAAAAAAAUGCAAGACGACAUUUUUGAGAUUAAUGACAAAUCAGAAUCAUCAAGUACUAAUGAUACAACCGGAUUAUCAAGUAUCAAUAUUGCGAUCAUUUCUCAAAGAAAUAUAGAUAGUUCAACAGAAUCUGAAUUAUCAAAGGAUGUUGAAACAUAUAAAAAAAAUACAGAUAAUUUAACAGAAUUUAAACUACGGCAAGAUACUACGUUUCAACCUAAAAUCAAUAAUUCUCAAGUUUUAACUAGAGAUAUUGUUCGUGGAUACGUAUUUUUUUUAGAAAAGUUUAGCAAAAAUGCAAACAAAAUAAUCGAUGUUCCUUUUUCUUAUCCAACCAUAGAGCUUUUUCAAUUUGCUUCACUUACGAGUAAACAUAAUCAUCUAAUGGCAAUUAACCAACAUAAUAAUAGUCUACAAUCUUUGUUG